GAGAUUUUGCUGUUCCGCAUUUCGGGUCUGCUGGGUAGGGGAAGCGGGCGAGGUGGCCUCCGCUGUCUGCACCGGCUCGCUUCGUUUCAACCCGGCUCGGAGCCAGGCUUCCGCUGCCCGCGCGCUGAGAGGCCGUCCGCUGCCCCUUUCGGUUCCCGCGCGGGUUCCGAGUCCUGACCAGGGCGGGGGCCAGCGGCCCCUCCCCUCCGAGGACCGACGAUGAGCUUCCUCUUCAGCAGCCGCUCUUCUAAAACAUUCAAGCCCAAGAAGAAUAUCCCUGAAGGGUCUCAUCAGUAUGAACUCUUAAAACAUGCAGAAGCAACUCUAGGAAGUGGAAAUCUGAGACAAGCAGUUAUGUUGCCAGAGGGAGAGGACCUCAAUGAAUGGAUUGCUGUUAACACUGUGGAUUUCUUCAAUCAAAUCAACAUGUUGUAUGGAACUAUUACAGAAUUCUGCACUGAAGCAAGCUGCGCUGUCAUGUCUGCAGGCCCCAGGUAUGAAUAUCACUGGGCAGAUGGUACUAAUAUUAAAAAGCCAAUCAAAUGUUCAGCACCAAAGUACAUUGACUAUUUGAUGACCUGGGUUCAGGAUCAACUUGAUGAUGAAACUCUUUUUCCUUCUAAGAUUGGUGUCCCAUUUCCCAAAAACUUCAUGUCCGUGGCAAAGACGAUUCUAAAACGUCUCUUCAGGGUUUAUGCGCACAUUUACCACCAGCACUUUGAUUCUGUGAUGCAGCUGCAGGAGGAGGCCCACCUCAACACCUCCUUUAAGCACUUUAUUUUCUUUGUUCAGGAGUUUAAUCUGAUUGAUAGGCGUGAGCUGGCACCUCUUCAGGAAUUAAUUGAGAAGCUUGGAUCAAAAGACAGAUAAAUGUUUCUUCUAGAACACAGUUAUCCUCUUGCUUCCUCUACUGCUAGAGCUAUCUCAUUGCUAUUUGUUGUAGACUAGUGAUACAGACUUUAAGAAGACAGGAUAAAAGGACAAUCCUGUAUGUCUCUGCAGUAAAACUGUCCCAAAGGUAGGUUGUCUGGUAGCUUCAGAGACCGUCAGGACACAGUCGACAAAUCAGAGGUGCGUGUGAGCACUCCUGGUAGCGUCAGAGUCAUACUCACUUGUAGCGUGGUGACUAACCUGUAGUUUAUUAGUUUACUUAUUUUUUUUACUCACUGAAAUUAUUGCAUCUGUUUGAAGUGGCAGCAUAAUGGAUAUUAAGGGUUUUUAUCAUUAGUAAGUUCCCAGAAUAAAUUUCCUAAUAAAAUCAGGUUGGUUUUAUUCUAUUAAAACCACAAAAUUGGUUUUAUUCUGCUUUUAUUUUAUUAAUAGAAAUGGCAUUUUUAAGUUUCAUCAAGAUUUAGAACUUCUAGUCAGGGUGUGGUGGUGCAUGACUGUAAUCCCAGCACUUGGGAGGCUGAGGCAGGAAGACAGUAAGUUUGAGCCCAGCCUGGGUUAUGUAGAUGUAGCAAGACCCUGUUUCAAAAAAAAAAAAAAAGAAAAGUAGAACUUUUGUGUCACUUUGGAUAACCUUUUAGUUUCAAGUUUGUAUGCUUGUGUUUUUACAGAUAAAGAGUAUAUAUAUUUUUCAAAAUUCAUAAUUGCAGUUUAAAUCAUGGCAUAUGUGGAGUAGGAGUAACCAAGUUUAUUUUUAAAUUUGUUUCAUUUUUAAUCUUUGUUUGGGAUUAUAUACAUGUCUACCUAAAUUAUUAGGGAUAUUCAUAUAUCAGAAACAAUAUUUUUACUGAGGAUAGUCUCAUAGGUUUUCAUUUAUAAAUGCUUUUUAAAAAUUAAU